AUGUCCUCAUGCGGAUGGCAAGUACCGCAAGGAGCUCAUCUCAACACGAGCUCCGAUGUAUUCAGUAUGACAUCCUUCAUCCCGUCGGCGUAUGGCGACAUGCCCCACUCCACGAUAAUCCGACUCAUCUUCAUGGGUACAGAGCUUCAAGAUACACCCAACGCUCUGAACCCUUGGGCAUCACAAUGCAGCCUGCAAGCAUGUGCAAAUACGCUGUCCGCAUCGGUCACAAACGGUACGCACCAAGAGAAUGUCACGCACUCUGUUCUCAACCACACUGUCAUCGACAUGAGCUCCCCCGAUCCUGCCGUCGACUAUGGUGUUUAUAUCACUGGCAAGUCCGAUGACACUGCGUACUUGCUUGGCAUGGAAGCGCUUUUGAGCAUACGCGGAUGGUUUAGUGCAAUCUUUACCAACGGUUCCGCCACCCGUACGACUAGCGACUUCACCCGAAGUGUCACAGACCCAGACCGUGCCGUAGUUGUCAAUCUCACAGUCGGUAUCUCAUCAGGCGAGACUUUCUUCGACACGGAUAUUGUCACCGCGUUCUACUGGAACUACUACGAGUACGCUGAUGGACUCAAUAUGCUAAUGAGCGACUUGGCCGUAUCGAUGACAACCGCUUUUCGCGGCUUUAAUGGCGCUGUUGAUACGAACGGCAAGUCGAUAACGGUAGAGUCCUAUGUCCACAUCCGGUGGGGUUUUGCUGUCUUACCGAUCGCGGCUGUGGUGGCCACUCUGGUCUUCUUGCUCGCGACGAUGACGAUGACGCAUACGUCUGGUACGCAAGUGUGGAAAAGCAGUGCGCUUGUGCCGUUGUUACACGGCUUGGAUCAUCAUACUAAGGAGAGGUUCGGUACUAAAGACAGUUUGCCAGCUCAAAAGAGGCAGGCAAGAGCGGUGAAGGUCAAACUGUUUACUGAUAAUCGGGAUAGCACAAUGCUUGGAGCAGAGAAGGCUGCAUGCUAG